AUGGACGGAGGAUAUACGCUUCGCACCAGGAAGAUCAUGACGAAUAAACUUCUUCACAGACUUCAAAUGGUUGUUGAUAUAAUCCAUCCUGAACUCGGAGGAGUAUCUGUUGAAAAAAUAAAGGAAAGACUCGCAAAAACCUACAAGGCAAAGCCUGAACAGAUUAUUGUUUAUGGAUUACAAACUGCUUUUGGAGGCUCAAGAUCCACAGGAUUCGCAUUGAUCUACGAUAAUAAGGAUUUCCUAGCCAAAUUCGAACCAAAAUACAGAUUGAGAAGACUAGGAUUACUUCCAGCUAAAACUGGGUCCAGAAAACAAAAGAAAGAAUUGAAAAAUAAGAGAAAGAAGGUCAGAGGAAAAGCAAAAGCUACCGUCGGCGUUGGCAAGAAAAAGAAGUAA